CCGCCCGGAGCCCCGCCGUUCCCGUGAGCCCUCCCCAGGGUUACCCGAGUCCUGUCACUCCGCUCGGUGCCCCUGACCUGACCUACAACACGGGGUCGUGACCACCCCGCCUGUUCCUCCUUAUCUGCUCUCGUCCGUAGCCAAAGUCCUCUCCCCUUUCUGCUGACUCGGCCCCGCGGUGCGGAACUGCCUCAGUCCAUCACCGCCUUCCUUCCUAUCAUCAUCUCCUUCCCGUCCAUCAUCUCCUUCCUGCCCGGCUCCGCUCAUCCCGCUGUCACCCCCCCGUAGCGAUGUGGCUGCUCCUGGUCCUGCUGCAGGUUGCGGUGCUGCCCGCCCGGUCCUGCGAAGCUCCAGCAGAGGCAGCUUUGGCGGUGCGGGCGUUGGGUGCGCGGCUGCUGGGGCUGGCGAUGGAGCCGGGGCACGAUGUUGAUCCCGGGGUCUACGUGGGGCUGCGCCUCGGCAGCGAGCACGACCUGAGGAUGGAGCAGAGUUACCUGCAGCGCCUGCAGGACGUCUUCCAGGGGCGCUACGGCCGGAGUCUGCAUGCAGCCAGCCAGCCAUCCCACGGCCAUCGGCACAACAACACGCAUCCCAUGCCGGAGACGGGGCGCCUGGCUCUCUACCUGCUGGGGCUGCGUGCCACCUGCCCCCCACCAGACCCUGCUCCCCAGCGCUUCCCAGUGACAUGGCUUAAAUACUACCUGGAGAAGGACUGGACAGGCUCCCGGCACCACGGCCAUCCUCUCACCAGUUACUACCAGUACAGCCUGGGCGUGCUGGCUCUCUGUGUCCACCACAAGCGGGUGCGUGAGGAGGUGAUCCAGCGGCUGCUGGUGGCUGAGCAGCACCGGCGCUUCGGGCACGUGAAUGGCAACGCUGUGGACACAGAGGCAGUGGCGGCAUUGGCCUUUGCCUGCCUGGAGAAAGAGCCACACAUCAGGGCUGGGCUGGCAGCAGAGCUGCGGGCGGCUGUGCGCAGGGCCAGGGCGAGGCUGGUGGAGGCGCAGAGCACAGACGGCCUCAUUGGGAACACCUUCAGCACUCCCUUGGCCAUGCAGGUCUUCAUUGCCACUGACAUGUGCAGGACGCAGCCAGCAUACGGCCGUGCCAUGGCUGCACUGCUGCAGCACCUGGACAGCUUCACCAGCGCUGCCUCCAUGGCCCAAGCGCUGCUCGCUCUGAACGGCCGCAGCUACCUGGGCAUCAGCUCCAUGCAGUGCCAGAAGGAGCUGGACACACUGACACCCAUCUUCUUGGAGGCGCUGCCCCCGGGGCCACACAAUGUGAUGGUGAGGCUGAUGGUGGAGUGCCCGGUGCCGGAGUGUCCCCAGCAGCUGCUGUAUAACAACCCGGUGUCUGCACCAGCCGGGGCCUCACUUUUGGACCUGCUCAGAGCAGCCCCACCGCAGGGAUCCCAAAACUUCACGUUUGAGACCCGGGACACUGUAUAUGGCCCCUUCCUGACCUCAGUGCAGGGCAUGGCUGCGAGGCCAAAGGAGCGGCAGUACUGGCAGCUGCUCAGCGGGCACGGAACCAGCCUGCAGAUGGGCAUUGCUGACUACAGACCGAAGGAUGGGAGCACCAUCAUCCUGCGCCUGAGCAAGUGGUAGUGGGGCUGGUGGUGGGGAUGAUGGCAAUGAAACGUUGCAGCACC